GGGAGAUAGUGUCGACACAUAACUCGAUCGGGGUAGGAAAAACGCGGUCGUCUCCCUUGCUAUAUUAAAAAAUUUCAGUGUGCAUACUGAGUAAAUAAAGAUCUCAUUAAGUUAUUGAGUAAAACAAAUUAGUUCAGUUCCAAAAUGCUCUGGUGGAUUUUUCUAUUAACAGCCCUAAUAGUGGCUUUAUGGUAUCGUUAUCAUUACAAACCAUAUCGGUACUGGCAAAAAUUAGGCGUCAAGCAAUACACAACCCCAUGGAUAAUUUUCGGAGAUUUUUGGCCAAUGUUUUUAGGGAGAAUGAACGUAAUCGAAUUAAUGGACAAAUUUUAUAAAAUCGACUCUGAUGCUCGGUAUGUGGCCUUAUACCAUCUAUCAAUUCCCUCACUUUUAAUAAGAGAUCCCAUAUUAUUAAAACAAUUACUUGUAAAGGAUUUUGAUCAUUUUACUGAUCACAUUGAUAUUGCCCCUUCAGAAGACAAGGAUGGUUUGUGGACGCAAAAUUUGUUUGCGUUGAGAGGUAAAAAGUGGCGCGAUAUGCGUUCAGUAUUAUCAGGCACGUUUACCAGCAGCAAAAUAAAAUUUAUCUAUAAACUGAUAGAAGAAACAUCAGUAAAUUUUGUUCAGCAUUUUACUAAAACCGACAAGGAUUUAAUUGAAGUUGAACUGAAAGAUGUUUUUACCAAGUUUACGAAUGACGUUAUUGCCACUACUGCUUUUGGAAUUCAAAUAAAUUCCCUUGAAGAACCCAAUAAUGAGUUUUACCUUAUGGGCAAAGAAGCUACGGAUUUUGGAGGAAUUGUUGCUGUCACAAAGUUUUUCAUGACACUUUUAUUUCCUUGGAUCUGUAGACAAUUGAAAAUUGGCCUCUUCUCCCAACGUGUUUCAGACUUCUUCUACAAUUUGAUCGAUGAAAACCUUAAAGCAAGAGAAGACCAAAAAAUCGUACGUCCAGAUAUGUUGCAAAUUUUACUUCAGGCACAAAAAAAAGCUCCUAUAGAAGAAACAGAUACAAUCGACACUGGAUUUGCUGUGGUUAAGGACAAUAUCCCAGAGAAUGUCCCAUUUCAAAUUACCACCAAAGACAUAGCUUCACAAGCAGUAACGUUUUUCAUAGCUGGAUUCGAUUCUGUGUCUUCGGCUAUGUGUUUUUCUUGUUACGAACUAGCCGUAAAUCCUGAUAUACAAAAAAAAUUAAGAGAAGAAAUAAAGGAAACCAUGGAAAAAAACGACGAUAAAAUUACUUAUGAUUCUUUAUUAGCAAUGAAGUAUCUCGAUAUGGUUGUGACAGAGUCUUUAAGAAAAUGGCCCGCAAUUCCAGCAACUGAUAGAUUAUGCGUCAAGCCAUAUACAAUAAAAGCCACACAACCUGAAGAAAUUGACGUCACUUUACUGCCAGGCCAAAGCAUUCUAAUACCUUUCGCAAGCACGCAACUUGAUCCUCAAUAUUAUCCAAAUCCAAAAAAAUUCGAUCCAGAACGAUUUUCUGAUGAAAAUAAAAGCAAAAUUGUACCGUACACUUAUAUGCCUUUCGGUGUAGGUCCUAGAGGGUGUAUAGGUUCCAGAUUGGCACUUUUGGAAGUUAAAUCUAUGAUUUUUCAUUUGCUGAAAAAUUUUGAGGUUGUGCCGACUGCAAAGACACCGGUGCCGUUGAAAUUGAGUAAAAUGUCCAUGGCUGUGACUGUGGAUGGUGGAUUUCCAAUGGCUUUUAAACGUAUAGAGAUAUAGCAAAGUUAAACGAUAUUUUAUGUUUUACUAUAAUUAUUGCUUGUAUAGUUAUGAGCAUGCAUAUAGAUUAGGAAUGUUUGUUACUUUGACACUAAAAAAUAUGUUUAGGAUUGGGCUAACACAUUUACAUUCUUAUAUCUACCGAAAUUGUCUGGACAAUGUUCAAACUAUCCCAAUGUGGACCAAUUUUAAAAUAUCAGAAACGUUUUGUGGUACAACGAUGUUUUGACAACUUAAAUGUGACCUGUGGUGAUUGUGUAAUAAAACUACCUUUAUUACCUUUUUUUACCAGUUAUUCUUUGUAUCUCUGUUCUUUGUACAGGUUUUUCAAUGUUAAUUGUCAGUGUGUGUUGAACUUUUGUCAAGUUGUCACAUGAUUUCCAAUUUUGUAAACACUUUUACUCAAUAUAUUUCUUAAUCGAUA